AUGAAUUUAGUUUUUAAAUAUUAUAAAGAUUCAUUAUUUUCUGAAUUUAAUUAUAAUUACAUUUAUUUAAAAAGUUCAAAAUUGGUUAAUCAAUAUAAAAUAUUAAUGGAAAGUAUAAAUAGAAAAGCAUCGAUAAUUUCAUUUGAUGAAAUGGUUAAAAUAUCUAAAGAAAAUGGUGUUAAUCAUCCAGGUAUUUUCUCAUUAUUUCUAAUUGCACUUUCAGGUCCAGAAUUUUUUAUUAUAAAUGAUGAAAUUAAAAACUCAUAUUUUGAUAAUAUUCAUAUGAUUGAUAAUUUUAAUACAUUUAUUAGAAUGAUAAAAGAAGCAAUUAAAAUUAAUCCAUCUAUCCAAGUAAAUGGUUAUUUUUCUCCACCAAUAUCAAAUUUUAUUUCAAAUCAUAUCUUAGAAGAAAUAAAAAAAGGUUUUUUGGUAAUAGGUGAGGAUUCAGUUGAACUUGAAAUAUCAAAUGGUUUCCCUCUAAAUGUAUUUGAAAACCAAUUAAAAAUAAAAAUUAAAUUAAUCAUUCCACAUCACAUUUUAUGUUGUUGCUUAAUUGAAAAUGAUAAAAUGUCUUUUAUUUUAUUUUUAAAUAAUUAUCCAACUAUUUUCAAUAAAUCACUUUUCAUUAAAAUUGGAAAUUAUCUUAAAUUUGACAAUAUUGAAAUUCAUUCAAAAUUUGAACUACUAUUUAAUAAAACCAAUUAA